UUAACAGUUCUUUGUUAUAAAACUGAAAUCCUUCUGAUACAAGUUUACCCGCUCCUACUCUCCUAGUAAAGCUUCUAUAAAAGGAUGGAAUAGAAUGAAUGGAAGACUUAGAACUCUAGAGAAGAAUAAGAACACCAUCUUCUUCACUUCAAAACAAUGUCAAGUGCUUCUUUUCUCUUGGCCAUGUUCUUGGUGGCUAUGUUCAUCAUUCCCUCCAUAGUAGGGGCAAUAGUUGAGCAGCGUGUAAGGUGGGUGCCUAAGACAACAGCACCAUGCCAAGGCUCCAUAGAAGAGUGCAUGGAAGAGGGUGAGUUUGGAAUGGACUCAGAGUCCCACCGGCGCAUUCUAGCGACCUCACAGUAUAUAAGCUACAAGGCGCUGCAACGUAACACUGUGCCAUGCUCAAGAAGGGGUGCUUCCUACUACAACUGCAAGCCAGGUGCAGAGGCUAAUCCAUACACCCGUGGCUGCCCCUCCAUCACCCGCUGCCGUAAUUCUUAGAAAAAUUACAACUUUCUGCAUGUUUGAGUUAAUGUUCUUCAGACUCAACUAUGUUUGCAAAAGGGUUGGAAGUGUAUUGGAAUAACUGUCACAACAAUUUGAAUGAACAGCAACUCAAACAUGCACUUAUUUUCAUUUUCUUACUCCUCUGCCUUCUAGUUAUGAUCACCUGGCUUGUUAUGUUUUACUUUGAAAGCUGUUUUAGUCUCUAUUUCUGUAAUUUUAUGUAAAUUAAUCUUCACUGGUGUGGCUACUGUUAAUAUAUUUGUGUUUUUUUUAUUGCUUACUCCACCUCAAACAUGAGUUUCCACCGGAGAAGGUGCAAAGGGUGCUAGAAACAUGUUUAUUAUAUACAAUGUUUGCAUUCAUAGUUAAACAUAAGCUUUGAGGUUUUUAAGCAAUAAAAAAGUCGCCUAUUCAGACGGUGGUGCGUUUUAAAUACAGAUUUGCAGAUCUCAAAAUCUUUAUUUUUAUUUCAAAUGAACAUAAACAGCUAGGUAACUAUCGGGAACUGUAAGUAAACAGUAGUCAGAGCAAAUAAAUUUGCCUGUGUCAACUUUGCCAAUCAAUAAGAAUUUUCAGCAUUACUCCAAUUAGCUGGGACUCUACUUGCU